AUGUCUAGACCCGAGGCCUCAGGCCCUGCUGACCUGUUUUACAAUCAGUUUGAAGUCGCCAAAUACACCCAGAACACACGAAUAAUGUAUAUCCAGCGACAGAUGGCAGAGCGUGCACUGCAGCUCCUCGCUUUACCUCCCAAUCAGCCCUGCUUGAUUUUGGAUGUCGGGUGUGGCUCCGGGAUAUCUGGUCAGGUGUUGACUGAGGCUGGUCAUGAGCAUAUAGGCGUUGACAUCUCACCUGCAAUGCUGAGCAUAAACGACAAUCCCCAUCUUGUCGAACAAGACGUGGGUGAUGGCCUCACGUUUACCCACGGUCUUUUUGACGGCUGCAUUUCUGUUUCUGCUCUCCAGUGGCUUUGCUACUCUAACAAGAAGAGCGAGAAUCCCCGUGCAAGGCUCAUUCGGUUCUUUCAGAGUUUAUACUCGUGUCUCUGUCAUGGAGCACGGGCAGCUCUGCAGAUAUAUCCUGAAAAUAAUGACCAGAUUUCGCUUAUGCAAGACUGCGCCAUCAAGGCGGGCUUCACUGGCGGCCUUAUUAUCGAUUAUCCAAACAGUACUAUGGCGAAGAAGUUCUAUCUCCUUUUAUUCUCGGGGCAUAAGCCUGAACAGCUACCUGCGGCUUUAGAUGGAGACGACCCUACUGGGGAUACUGAGGCGCAAGAGCAAAUAGGGUACUCUAAGGUUAGGCAAAUGAGUAACGCUGAAAAGCGACGCGCAGGAGGUUUCCUUAAGGGUAAAAAAUGGCAACAACCUGCUAAAUUCAGUCGUGAGUGGAAACUGCACCAAGUAGUCAAGGCUAGGCUAGACGGAAAGGAUGCUAAGCCCGUUAGUCGUUACAGCGGUCGCCGAAGACGGGGUCAUAGCCUAUUCUAG